AUGAAGAACGGCAAAGACAUGUGCUCAACUCAAAAAAAGAAAAAUACGCGCUGGCUAGUCGAUAAGCCUGAGCGAAGUGAUAUCUGGACAAGCACAAAUUACACCGAAGAAAGACAACGCAUUCGAGAGUUCUGGCUACAGCUUUCAGAGGAGGAAAGACGAUCGCUAGUCAAAGUGGAAAAGGAAGCAGUACUUCGCAAGAUGAAAGAACAGCAAAGACACAGCUGUAACUGUUCUGUAUGCGGCAAGAAAAGAACUGCUAUUGAAGAUGAAUUAGAGGUCUUGUACGACGCCUAUUAUGAGGAGCUGGAGCAAUAUGCUUAUCGUCAGCAACAGAACGGCAUCUACAGUAGCGACAGUCAUUCAGAAGAUGACGAAGACGAAGACGACGAUGACGAUGAUGAUUAUGACGACGACGAUGAGGAGGAUGAGGAGGAUGGAGAGCACUAUCAAUCUGUUACAACCAAAAAGGAGCCUCAAUUCUCAAAAACUCUCACUGUCAAGGGAAGCAUUAUCACCGUAGCUGAUGAUCUGUUGAAGAAUGAUGGCAAAAAGUUUCUUGAUAUGAUGGAAAAACUGGCUGAGAGAAAGAUGCUCAAAGAGAGAGAAGUCGCCAACAGUGAUCUAUUUGAUGAGGACGAAGACGAUAAUGAUGAGGACGAAGACGACGAGAACGAAGACAAGGGGGACAAUGAAAGAGAUGUGAGAACAGAAGAACAAAGAAUGGAAGAAGGCCGUAAAAUGUUCCAGGUGUUUGCAGCUCGAAUGUUUGAACAGCGAGUCCUCACUGCUUACCGAGAAAAGGUAGCACAAGAUAGGCAAAAACGUCUUAUUGAAGAGCUGGAGGAAGAGGAUAGACAGCGUCAAGAAAGAGAACUCAAAAAGCAGCAAGACAAAGAAAAGAAAAGAGACAAAAAACGCCAGCUUAAAUUACAACAAGAGCAGGAGCGUUUAGAACAAGAAAAGAAGCGAAAAGAAGAGCAAGAAGCAGCCGAGGCACUGCGACGAGAGAAACAAGAGCACGAUCGACAGGUCAAAGAGCAAGAGCGAUUGAAACGAGAAGAAGAAAAGCGCCAAAAAGAGGAAGAGCGAUUACGGAAAGAAGAAGAGAGAAAGAAGCGACGAUUAAAGGAAGAGAAAGCCAAAGCAGCCGAACGAGAAAAAAAGCGUAAAGAAGAGGAGGAACUGAAGAAGAAGCGAGCAGAAGAAAAGCUGAAUCAGGAGAGAAAGCGCAAGUUACACAAUACCAAGAUGUCGCAAGAAGACGACGAAGAGCAAGGAUCAGUGUCUCAUCCACACCACGUUCUCUCAGACUCUUCUGCAACUGUCGAUAUUAUACCAAAUAGACGAAGAAUUUCAGUUGCUGGCCCUAUCGGUAGUCCUUUGAAAUCAAGAUCAGUCUCACCGCAUGUCACUUCCAGCGGCAGUGAAAACCAUCAUUCAUUCUUUUCAAACUUCUUGUUUGGACCUGUCAAACACAACAGCACAUCAAACAGACGCUUUUCUACAGGAGGAGAUGACCACAACAGCCUGAAGUGGACAAAUGGAUGGACACCCUUGACAACACUAUCAGAUAAUGUGCACGGCAAGCUAUUUGGCGAUGUAAUAUUCAAGAACUCAUUGAUAUUGGAGAGAGCCAAAUCGUCGUAUUUGAAGCUGGAUGAAGUAGCACAGCUCAAAUACUUUGCCAAGCCAAAUUACCACACAUUGGUCCAGCUACAUCAAAUGAUGCACGACAUGUAUCAUCAUGAACAUGGUGCAAUUGAUAUGAGAGAACUGUAUGAGGCCAUCAAUCAGCCCUCUAGUGGAUUCCAAUGUCUUUUGCAUCAACAGCAAGGGCACAUUGUCAGGUUGGACAUGGCAUUACCAAUAUCACCACAACUUUCUUCUUCAAAUGGCAUUGUAUAA